AUGUCAGAUCAAAAGAAGCGGGUGUGCUACUUUUACGAUGCCAAUGUCGGCAACUACCACUAUGGUCCUGGCCAUCCCAUGAAGCCCCAUCGCAUCAGAAUGUGUCACGGAUUGGUUAUGAAUUAUGGCCUAUACAAGAAAAUGGAAAUCUAUCGCGCCAAACCUGCCAACAAAUGGGAAAUGACACAAUUUCAUACGGAUGAUUACAUCGACUUUUUAUCACGAGUGACACCAGAGAAUAUGGAGCAGUACCCAAAGGAACAAGCCAAAUUCAAUGUGGGUGAUGAUUGUCCAGUCUUUGAAGGUCUUUUCGAAUACUGUGGUCUUAGUGCUGGUGGAUCUAUGGAGGGUGCUGCAAGACUCAAUCGCGGUUUGUGUGACAUCGCCAUCAACUGGGCAGGUGGUCUUCAUCACGCAAAGAAAGCCGAGGCAUCUGGAUUCUGUUACGUCAACGACAUUGUUUUGGGCAUUCUGGAACUUUUGCGUUAUUACGCUCGUGUCUUGUAUAUCGAUAUUGAUGUUCAUCAUGGUGAUGGUGUUGAAGAAGCUUUUUACACCACCGAUCGCGUCAUGACGGUCAGCUUCCACAAGUAUGGUGAAUUCUUUCCAGGAACGGGUGAAUUGAAGGAUGUGGGUGCUGGAAGAGGAAAGUACUACAGCGUCAAUUUCCCUUUACGAGAUGGUAUCGAUGAUGAAAGCUACAAGUCCGUUUUUGAGCCCACCAUUGAAAAAGUGAUUGAGUGGUAUCAACCUUCGGCUAUUGUUUUGCAAUGUGGUGGUGAUUCGUUGAGUGGAGACAAGCUUGGUUGUUUCAACCUAUCCAUGAAAGGACAUGCCAAUUGCGUAGAGUUUGUCAAAAAGUUCAACUAUCCUACACUCGUCCUUGGAGGAGGCGGUUAUACCAUGCGAAAUGUCGCAAGAGCAUGGGCUUAUGAAACCGGUGUGGUCGUAGGAGAGGAUAUUGGUCCAGAUAUGCCCUACAAUGACUAUUACGAGUACUUUGGUCCUGAUUACAAGUUGGAUGUGCGACCGAGCAACAUGGAAAACAUGAAUAGCGGUGAUUAUCUCGAAAAGAUAAAGCAGCAGGUGUUUGAGAACCUCUCAAGGACACGAUUUGCUCCCAGUGUACAAAUGCAAGAUGUCCCUGGGGACCAUUAUGUGUCUGAUGAUGAAGAUGAAGAGGACCCCGAUGAUCGAUAUCCCCAAUCGUUUUGGGAUCGUCGUAUUGUACCCGACAAUGAAUUUUAUGACUCUGAUGAAGGUGAAGCUCAAGGCACAACCAAGAAUCUCAGCAGCCGGCAUUAUCAAAACUAUGGACGUACGGAUGAAGGAGAAGAGGAAGGAAGCAAGGUGAAUGGCAAUGCCAAUCAUGCUCGUGCAUCAUCAUCGGGUGCUGAAGAUAAGAUGGAUGUCGAUGAAGAAGAGCCAAGUACGACUACUGCUAUGGUGACCCAGGAGGAAGAGCAAGAAAUUCACGAGGUGUUGAUGACUGAGGCAGUGAAACCAGAGCCCAAAGAUGCAAGUACAAAUCCAGAGGAGCCAACAAGGGAGGAGUCCACGGACGUCGUCAUGAAAGAGGAAUCAGAACAAGGAACGAAUACUGUGCACGAGCAAAGUACCACCUCCACCACCCCCUCAGCACAGACAUCCCUACCAAAGCCAGCAGCUAUUACGGAAAGUGAGGAAGAGGGUGAAGUGGUAUCGGGUCAAUCAGCUUCACCAGGCCCAUCAUUAUCAUCAUCAUCAUCACGACCUUCGGAAGCAGUUCAAGCUGCCGUGGCCUCUGCUGUUGCUUCAGUAAAUAUCACCCAACCACAAACCAUCAGCACCACAUCCGAUACUUCACCAAAGACCACCACAACCACCACUGACAAUGACGACAACAACAACAAAAAGCCAUCCACUUUGGAGAAUGAACGUGUACAACCUCCCGCAGCAGAAACAAUGAGCGAGGCUGAAACUAAUAAGAGCGAGAACAAUGACACCAAUGCCCUUGAAGAGGGUGAAAUCGAUGAAUAA